AGACAUAGACAAAAGUCUGCAAGGAUUGUCACCCUUUAGUUAACAGCAGGUACCUCUGGAAAUGAGACUGAACAUGGGAUGGAGGGAAAACUUUCCCUUUUUAUUUGAAAUUCUUCUGAUAAGUGGGAAUUUUUUGAUACACUUUAUGCAAUCAAUACCAUUACGUGGGAUGUUUGGGGGGUUUUUAACCAGCUCUGGGAGAGCCAGGGAGAGGGAGCUUGGUGGCGAAGCAGCAGCAGGAGCUCUGGAAAGGGGCAGAACCUUGUGUGCUGCGCUGAUUUGCUCUAUGCGCUUAGACCAGCUGCUUCCCCUAUCUGGACCAGGGCCAGAGAGUGCUGCCAUGUGUGUGUGGAGGUGGGGUGUGUGACCAUGCAGGGCUCCUCCAGAGCACAGCAGAGCAGCCAGUGUUUGAGGCACUAGCAUUACUGGAAAGUUGUUGACAUUUUAAUGAAAGGCAAUGGAGGAAGCAGUGUGAGUCAGCCUGCUGAGGAGGGGUCACGGGGCAGUUUUCCUUACCUGUACAGGGGUCCAGGCCCUGCCUGUGCUUUGAGUUAGAACCCAGGGCCUGGGAAGCUUUGGGACAACCAUGAGAAAACCUUCCCUUUUCUCCAGGGUGAACUAAGCUCUGGUUCCUGAGCCUCAAAUCUCGGAAGGGCAGAGUGGGGCAUAGGUUUCAACUCAGCUGUGAUUCUCCCAGGGUGGUGCCAGGGCAGUGCUAGGGCGGGUAAGCCCUGGGUGGCAGUCUUUGGCUCAACACAAGAGAGUGCCAGAGGCUGGCCCAGCCCCGGAAGUUUCCAUGAAAGGGCUGAGCACAGAGGCUGGUGGCCCCCAUUAGGGAAGGGGUGAAGGAGAGGGUUGUGUGAGACCAGCCUUUCAGUUGCCACUUCACCAGAUUCCAAGCAAAAGAGAAGACGACUCAGUGGAGGGAAUGGGGAAGGCUGUGUAGGAGUCAGCAUUUAAUCUGGACCUUGAGAGUGUGCGGCAGUCCCAGUGUUGAAAGGGACUUCGGAGACCCACCCUCCAGCAGUACACACCAUCCAUCACCAAAUCACAUGAGGCUCAGGGAGCUGAAGUUAGUUGCCCAUGGUCACAUAAUUUAAGUUGUGCUUUUAAAAAUGCAGAAAGUCCCCCAGCCAGGGCCUGUCCAGGAGCCAGUGGGUGCAGCCAGCUUGGUAAUUCAGUCCAGUGGUUAAUUAGUAACUUGAAGGCCCCAAAGCCGGCUUCAGGCAGGCAGGGCUGGGAGGUUGAACUUGAGCCAGUUUGGGAACCAGGAGAGAGUGGGUGACAGGUCGCUCCCGACUGGGAAGGUUGCUGGGCAAGUCAGGAUUGUGCCUCCUCUCAGAAGGACAAUGUAGAGAGAGAAGAGGGCAGAGCCGUGCAUGGGGCUGCUCCCCAGGACCUGAGCUGGAACCUGGAGUUUUCAGGGUGAGAUGGUGUCCCCAGGGAAGAGAAGUCUCCAGUCCCAUCUUAAGCUCUGCUGGAUCCCACAUGACAUCAACCAGCCCCCUCGCUGCUGCUGCCGGGAGCUGUGAGCUCUGUGCUGGGGCGCGGCCGGCACCGGGCGCAGACACUUAGGCCCUUGUUGGGAGAACAGAGAGAGGCUCUCUUGUCCACUGCCUGUCUUCAGUUCCAGCUGCUGGUUCUCCUAAAGGCCUCUCCUCAGAUUUACAGAGCAGCCUGAUCAUUGCUACAGAAUGAACUCUAGCCCAGCUGGGACCCCCAGUCCACAGCCCUCCAGGGCCAAUGGGAACAUCAACCUGGGGCCUUCGGCCAACCCAAAUGCCCGGCCCACGGACUUCGACUUCCUCAAAGUCAUUGGCAAAGGGAACUACGGGAAAGUCCUACUGGCCAAGCGCAAGUCCGAUGGAACGUUCUAUGCGGUGAAGGUGCUGCAGAAGAAGUCCAUCUUAAAGAAGAAGGAGAGCCACAUCAUGGCAGAGCGCAGUGUGCUUCUGAAGAAUGUACAGCACCCCUUCCUCGUGGGCCUGCGCUACUCCUUCCAGACACCUGAGAAGCUCUACUUUGUGCUCGACUAUGUCAACGGGGGAGAGCUUUUCUUCCACCUGCAGCGGGAGCGCCGGUUCCUGGAGCCCCGGGCCAGGUUCUACGCUGCAGAGGUGGCCAGCGCCAUUGGCUACCUGCACUCUCUCAACAUCAUUUACAGAGACCUGAAACCAGAGAACAUUCUCUUGGACUGCCAGGGACACGUGGUGCUGACGGAUUUUGGCCUCUGCAAGGAAGGCGUAGAACCUGAAGAGACCACAUCCACGUUCUGUGGUACCCCAGAGUACUUGGCUCCUGAAGUGCUUCGGAAAGAGCCUUACGAUCGGGCAGUGGACUGGUGGUGCUUGGGAGCAGUCCUCUACGAGAUGCUCCAUGGCCUGCCACCCUUCUACAGCCGAGAUGUGUCCCAGAUGUAUGAGAACAUUCUGCACCAGCCGCUAAAGAUCCCUGGGGGCCGGACAGUGGCUGCCUGUGACCUCCUGCAAGGCCUUCUCCACAAGGACCAGAGGCAGCGGCUGGGCUCUAAAGGAGACAUUCUUGAGAUUAAGAACCAUGUAUUCUUCAGUCCCAUAAACUGGGACGACCUGUACCACAAGAGGCUAACUCCACCCUUCAACCCAAAUGUGGCAGGACCUGCUGACUUGAAGCAUUUUGACCCAGAGUUCACCCAGGAAGCUGUGUCCAAGUCCAUUGGCUGUACCCCUGACACUGUGGCCAGCAGCUCUGGGGCCUCAAGUGCAUUCCUGGGAUUUUCUUAUGCACCAGAGGAGGAUGACGUCUUGGAUUGCUAGAAGAGAAGCACCUGUGAAACUACUGAGGCCGGCUGCUAUUAGUAAGGAAUUACCUUCAGCUGCUAGGAAGAGCCACUCAAAGUAACAACGGCUUGAAUGAGAAGCAGGUUUAUUUUUUCCACCACAUAAAAGAAAAAUAAUGUUAUGGGGUCCAGGGCUGGUAGGACAGAUCAUCAGAUUCUCAGAGGCUGUAUUUCUGCUCUGCCAUCCUUAACAAAUGAUUUCCAAUAUUAGGUUUGCUACAAUAUGGUUAUUGGAGCUCUAGCUACCAAUUUUGUGUUUGAGGAAGAGAAAACAGAAGAAAGGGGAGAAGAGCAAAUGGGCACUUUUUUUUGAGACGGAGUCUUGCUCUGUCACCAGGCUGGAGUGCAGUGGCGUGAUCUCAGCUCACUGCAAUGUCCACCUCCCAGGUUCAAGUGAUUCUCCUGCCUCAGCCUCCCGAGUAGCUGGGACUGCAGGCGUGCGCCACCAUGCCCAGCUAAUUUUUGUAUUUUUAGUAGAAACAGGGUUUCACUAUGUUGGCUGGGAUGGUCUCGGUUCCUUGACCUUGUGAUCCACUCGCCUCGGCCUCCCAAAGUGCUGGGAUUACAGGCAUGAGCCACCACGCCCAGCCAAAAGGGCACUUUUAAAUUGCUUUCCCCAAAAGCCCUACCCAAUGACUUCUGCUUCCAUCUCAGCAACCACCCUUCCCUACCUGGAACGGAGGCUGGGAGAUGUGGCUUAUUUGCUGGAUAUGUGUCUACCCCUAAUAACAAAGGGGUUCUGACACUAAGGGAGAAGGGGAGAAUGUUGGGUAGGCAGCCAGCACUCUUCAUCAGAGGGCCUCUUGGUGUUUGGAUUUUGAUCUCAAUGUGUAAAAUGACAGAGCUGUCACAAGCUCAUAGGCUGUCAAUAUAUCUUAUUGUUCUAUGUC